GGCGUAAACACAAGUGUACACGAAAACUUGCAACUGGCAAUGGUAAUGUUUUUUGAGGGUUUUCUUGUACCAAUGGAUUAUUCUGGAUUAGUUAUCGGGGAAGGUUGAGUGAAGAAAAGCAUAAGUUCGUAGCGAUAUAGGAUGUAUAACCAUUUCGUCUUCCCAUACCGUUUUCUUUUCUGUGGUGGGAAUUCAAAUCAAAUCGUCAAGAAAGCAUCUGUCAAAAAUGCCGUCCGCGCGCCUCAAAACAUAAACAAACUACCAGCCGAUCGGGAAACGAAUCGAUGAAGCGCGGACCUAGCUGAAGUGAUUUAAAAGAAAUAUGUUGUGAGUAGCUUUGGGCAAUAACCAUCCAUGGGAAUGUUAACAGAUCGCAACAUGUACGAAGAAGAGUACGAUGAGGCUGCAGAGAUGCUGGUGGUUUACGAUCCCGAACCGGAGGUCGAUUCCAACAGUCCAAUAUUACAGCAAAAGACGCCGUUGGACGAGCAUAGCUACUUUUUCUCCGCAGAAAGGACCCUAGAACUGAUUGCCAUCGUUGAGAGUGAACCGUUGCUGUGGGAUAAGACGCAGCUCGAUUACAAGAAUGUAAAAAUGACUGAAAAUGCCUGGCGCAUGGUAGCGUCCAAGAUGGAGCUUGACGUGGAGGUGUGCAAGGAGAAGUGGACCUGUCUGCGGGCCCAGUUUCGCAAGCUGAAGCGAAGAAUGAUACAGUCAAGCCAGAACGGAACAGGCACGGACGAGAUAUAUCAACCAUCCUGGUAUGCGUACGAAGCGAUGGCAUUCCUGAACGAAGCAGUGGAAUGUGAAGGUGAUACAAAUACGGUUGAUGGAAACAACACCCAAUACUGCACAGCAAACACGAAACCGAAGCCACCGUUAGACGAGUAUGCACAUUCCCUUUCGCGGGAAAACACCCUUGAGCUUGUUUCUAUCAUUGAGGGCUUGCCUGUACUGUGGAAUAGAGCAAACCGUGACAGCAAGUACACGAAAAAGGCUGACGAUGCAUGGAAAGAGGUCGCUAGAAAGAUGAGCGUGGAUGUAGACGUCUGCAAAGAAAAGUGGGCUGCGAUGCGUGCCCAAUUCCGUAGAAUCAGAGGAAAGGUUUUACAAUCAACUAGCAAGGAGGGAUCAGGAUCCGAUCAGCUAUACCGACCUUCCUGGUAUGCAUACGAAGCCAUGACAUUCCUGAACAGAGCGAUGGAUUAUGGGAAAGCAUCGAAUACGACAUAUGGAAACAUUCCUGAAGGAACAGAGGCGACGUUUGUUGAGAAUAAUUACUUUCUUUCGAAUGAAAACACGCUGGAGUUCAUCGCGGUUGUGGAGAGCCAUCCGUUGCUGUGGAACAAAGCACACCCCGACUAUGGGAAUGUUAAAAGGCUGGAAGAUACCUGGCAGCUGGUAGCGGAUGAGAUGGAUCUCGACGUAGAAGACUGUAAAGACAAGUGGAAUUCGCUGCGGGCUCAGUUUCGUCGCCUAAGGAGGAAAAUUCUACAAUCAAGGGUAGAUGCAACAGGAUCGGAUCAAAUAUAUCAACCAUCCUGGUAUGCGUACGACGCCAUGACAUUUUUGACCGAUGUGAUUCAGCAUGGGAAAGCAAAGAAACGGCGUUUAUCAUCUCCACGGCCAAAACCAGAACCUCAAUCGAAUUCAAAUGCUCCGCGGACAUCAACCGUACGCAAGAGCGAUGAUGGAUUUUUCCUUGAUUCGCUCGAGAUUCUCAACGCAGACGAUGGAGAAGACCACGAACAGUUAUCUAGCAUCGAUGGGUCACCGUAUCCUUCCGAUGACGAGGAAGAGGAAUAUCUUGAAGAGCAGGAGCAGCUAUUAGUAGAGGAGAAACCCUGUGAUGAUGGUGAGGAUCUUUCGCCGACGGAAGAGGGUACAGAAGCCUCCAGUCGUCAACCGAACGAUAGUGAGCGACAGCGUAUAGCUCCCUUCAUUGAAAUCCUUUCCCAACGAUUGCUGCGGAAGGAAAAAGCGCAACUAGAGGAAAUAGAAAAUGAAUUGUUAAAAGUACUGAACAAAUACCCAAAUGCUCGAAUAGACUAAGAGCAUGCCAAUAAA